CUGGAGUACAAUGAAACCCUAACUUCCACUGAGGCCUGCCCGUGAGACGGCUCAUCGGACUCUCAGGUCGAGACGAACUCGAAAAAGGAGCGAUAAUGGAGAGCGCCCUCGCCACCGCCGCUUCCAUUGCGGACCAAAGGCAAAAGAUUGAACAGUACAAGCUCAUUCUUGCAUCAGUUCUCUCCUCUUCCAACGACGUCUCACAAGCCAAGCGUUUCAUCGAUCAUAUGGUGUCGGACGAGGUUCCUCUGGUGGUCUCCAGGCAAUUGCUCCAAACCUUCGCCCAGGAGUUGGGAAGGCUAGAGGCAGACAUCCAGAAGGAGAUCGCUCAUUAUGCUCUAGCUCAGAUUCAGCCGAGGGUUGUGUCUUUCGAGGAACAGGUGUUGAUCAUCAGAGAGAAAUUGGCUGAACUCUACGAGUCUGAACAACAGUGGUCAAAAGCAGCACAAAUGUUGAGUGGGAUUGAUCUCGAUUCUGGAAUUAGGAUGCUUGAUGAUACUUAUAAGCUCUCAAAAUGUGUCCAAAUUACUCGCCUUUAUCUUGAGGAUGAUGAUGCUGUUAAUGCUGAGGCUUUUAUUAACAAAGCUUCUUUCCUAGUCAGCAAUAGUCAGCAUGAAGUGCUGAACUUACAGUACAAGGUUUGUUAUGCUAGGAUACUGGAUUUGAAGAGAAAGUUUUUGGAAGCUGCACUUCGUUAUUAUGAUAUUUCCCAGAUUGAGAAACGCCAAAUUGGUGAUGAGGAGAUCAAUGAGGAAGCACUGGAACAAGCUCUUAGUGCUGCUGUGACAUGCACAAUAUUGGCUGCUGCUGGACCUCAGCGAUCCCGUGUUCUUGCUACACUGUACAAGGAUGAGAGGUGCUCAAAGCUGAAAAUUUAUCCUAUUCUCCAGAAGGUGAAUCUUGAGAGAAUUUUGAGGAAACCAGAAAUUGAUGCUUUUGCUGAGGAGCUGAAAGCACAUCAGAAAGCUUUUUUACCAGAUAACUUUACUGUGUUAGAUCGGGCAAUGAUUGAGCACAAUCUCCUGAGUGCCAGCAAAUUAUAUACAAAUAUAAGUUUUGAGGAAUUAGGAGCUUUAUUAGGAAUUCCUCCACAGAAGGCUGAAAAGAUUGCAGCAAGGAUGAUCUAUGAGGAUAGGAUGAAGGGAUCAAUCGACCAAGUAGAAGCCGUCAUUCAUUUCGAGGAUGAUACUGAGGAGUUGCAACAAUGGGAUCAACAGAUUGCUGGAUUAUGCCAAGCAUUUAAUGACAUUCUUGAUGAUUUGACAAGUAAGGGCAUAUCGGUGCCGGUCUGAAGUAAAUUUAUGCAUUGGAAAUUCACCAGUUCAUAUGAUCGGAUCGUAUUUCCUGUGAGUGGAACAUCCUACUGCCAUCAACUUGUAUGAUCGGCAACAAAUUUCAGGGAUGGUUCCUUUAAAACAUUAGAGAAAUGUUAAUUUGGUUUAUUGGUGUUUUCGUGCCUUUUUUGGAAAACUGAAAAUUCACUUAUUUUAUUUUAUUCUCAAUUACAAUGAAGGAUAAAUGAAAAAAAAAAAAUGAAUUUCUGGUUGAGUACUA